AGUGAUUUUCCUACUUUCAGAAUUUUCUUUUUAAUUAUUUUUUUAUUCUUUGCUUGUUUGAUAUAUAAUAUAAGGAUCUAGAUUUUUUUUAACAUAUUUAUAAUAUAAGGAUUUAGAUGCAGAUAUAUAUAUGUAAUUACAUAGAAAUUCAAAACCUUAAUCAUGACAAUUGGCAAAAUUCAUAAGUGAGUUUGGAGUUUCUUCCCAGGCCAAACAUUGAAGAAGAGCAAAGAGGAAAAUUUAUUAGAAGAGCUGCCCAAAUUUGUAACAAGCAAAUAACCACAGGAAAUACAAAAACAGGCAGAGGAUUCCAGACGCAUAAAGAAACAGAGUACUUUAAAAGCCAAAACCAGGCCAAAGAUUCCGAAUAUGCUAAGAAUGGAUAGAGCUGAUAAGAAAACAGCUAAGAAAUCUCGCAAGUCUUCCAUUUUCAACACCUAUUCUCUGUUUCUUUUGCUGACUCCUUACGGGACAAUUUACAGCAACGCAUUGGAGACAUAUCAGGCUGUCUUGGCCUUUCAGAUUGUUGACAAGCUAAAGUCUAGGCAAUCAUUGCUAAUAGUUGACAUGUCUCCUUAGUCAACUGAUCACUUAACCAAUAUGGGCAUAGAAAUUAAAUAUAUAACGAAGAAAAUGUUUAGCAAUAGACUUGAAAUUCUGAAUCAUUGGCUGCAUGGUGGAGCUCUUAUAAAUAUGGAUCCCUAGAGCAUAACCGAAGCACAAAUAGAAUUAUAUCAACCUCAUACCAAUUUCUUCUUCAUUACCUUAGUUAUGGCUUUCUUUAAUUCUUCCUCUCUAACUCACACCACCUUCAAAUUUCUAUUAGGGUCAUUUUUGCUUCUUGUUGGAAUUGCCUCUGCUCAAUUAUCUUCUACUUUCUAUUCAACAACAUGCCCUAGUGCCCUUUCCAUCAUCGAAUCAGCAGUAAACUCUGCUGUAUCCAGUGAGGCUCGCAUGGGGGCAUCCUUGCUCCGUCUUCAUUUCCAUGACUGCUUUGUUAAUGGAUGUGAUGCAUCGGUAUUGUUGGAUGGAGCGUCAGGAGAGAAGACAGCACCCGCCAAUAAUAAUUCUCUAAGGGGUUUUGAAGUCAUUGACUCAAUUAAAUCCCAAUUGGAGAGUUCAUGCCCUGGUGUGGUCUCCUGUGCAGAUAUCUUAGCCGUUGCUGCCAGAGACUCUGUUGCUGCUUUGGGUGGACCUAGUUGGACGGUUCAAUUAGGCAGAAGAGAUUCAACAACAGCAAGUUUUAGUGCUGCUUCUACCAACAUACCUUCUCCACUUUCAGAUCUUAGUGUUCUCAUCUCUAAUUUCUCAAGCAAAGGUUUCACUACUAACGAAAUGGUGGCUCUCUCAGGAGCACAUACAAUUGGGCAAGCAAGAUGCACAGUGUUUCGCAACAGGAUUUACAAUGAAACCAACAUAGAUUCUUCAUUUGCAACAUCACUAAAAGCGAAUUGUUCAACCUCUGGAGGAGACGAUAAUCUUGCUCCUCUUGAUGUCACUAGUCCAGAGGCUUUUGAUAAUGCUUACUUCACGAAUUUGUUGAGCCAAAAGGGACUCCUACACUCUGACCAACAACUCUUUAAUGGAGGUUCCACAGACUCUCAAGUGAAAGCUUAUAGCUCCAAUCUAACAUCUUUCAGGACAGAUUUUGCAAAUGCAAUGGUGAAGAUGGGAAACCUUAGCCCGCUUACGGGCACAAGUGGCCAGAUCAGGACCAACUGUAGAAAAGCCAAUUGAGUCUUGGUUACGAUACAUGUCUACUCCAUAUUUGCAUAGCUCGCUGGUACGUGGUGGGAUAACUAUAAUAAAAUCCUUGUACAUAAUGGUUGUAUUUUAAAAUUUCUCACCAUGGGACACGAGUUCUUUAUAAUGUGUAGUUAUUACAUGUGUAUAUAGUGUGGGAAACAUAUAUAUAUGUAUAUUCCAGUGAAUUGGCUUUCUAUGAACUGGUGAAAUGUGCCCCACUUUAGGCUCAUAAAUUAAAGAAAAUCUUUACCUUU